AUGGACACCCAUCGGGCAUCAUUCAGCGACAUGGACGAUGGUUCAAAUGCGCACAUAUCGGAGCAGUUGAGUGCUCAUGACCGGCCCCACGACUCGGUCACUACCUUCGUCACUACUCCAUCCCGAUCACUCAGCACCAAAAAGGCCGUCACUCCUAUACCCGCCAACCUACUUCCUUCGGCGCCCGCAUCACCCCCGACACCUGCGCCUAGCCCUACCCCCCACCAACGUUCUUCAAACUGGCCCUCGGCCGACGACGAAGAGAACAGCUUCCUUUUGAAUCUCCGCCUGCAUUUCAGUACUCUGUCAAACGCUCGAAAACAUAAAAUCCUUGAGGGUCUUUUGGACGUAUGCGACAGUCAACAGUUGAGCUUUGUGUCGAGUUACGUCGCUCCUAGGUUGAGAAAAGACCCAUUUCAGGUCUUUCCUAAUGAGUUAUGCCUAAGAGUAUGCUACUUGGUUCGAGUUCUUUCCUUCAUCGACGACCCGAAGACCCUCGCCAGAGCUUCACAAGUGUCACGGCGCUGGCGAGAACUACUGUCUGACGACAUCACAUGGAAAAAUCUAUGCGAAAAACAUGCAUACUCGGUGCGGCGAGUUUUGGACGAUGAAGGGGACCUUGUCGACCCUUUCACCGCCCAUCCCGUGGACGCGGCUUCCGGCGCACGCACCUUCAGCGGGUUACAGCGGCGCUUGACUGCGUCAACUGGCCAGUCUACUGAGAGCGCGCCAGAACUACCCCGCACGCUUUCUGGAGAAUGGUUGCCUCCGACCACUUCCCCUGCCCGACGACGCCGGACACGACCUGUAUCUUACCGCUCACAGUUUAAGCAAAAAUACAUGGUUGAGUCUGCGUGGAACAAGGGUGGCCGCUGUGUCCAGCGUCAUAUCACACCUGAUCAGGGUGUGGUGACGAGUCUGCACCUUACCCCGAAGUACAUUGUGGUUGCGUUGGAUAAUGCGAAAAUUCAUAUAUACGACACCAACGGCGACAACCAGAAAACGCUGCAAGGUCAUGUGAUGGGAGUAUGGGCGAUGGUCUUAUGGGACGACACUUUGGUUAGCGGAGGCUGCGAUCGCGAAGUUCGAGUAUGGAACAUGGCAACCGGGACAUGCUUACAUCUUCUUCGUGGUCACACAUCAACGGUUCGUUGCCUGAAAAUGUCCGAUCGGAACACAGCUAUCUCAGGAUCCCGAGAUACUACUCUCCGGAUAUGGGAUUUAGCUACAGGAACCUGUCGCAACGUUCUCGUUGGGCACCAAGCUAGUGUGCGAUGCAUUGCAAUUCAUGGUGACCUAGUUGUAUCGGGCAGCUAUGACACGACGGCGCGGAUUUGGAGCAUCUCCGAAGGCCGCUGCCUACGCACCCUUUCCGGCCAUUUCAGUCAGAUCUACGCUAUUGCCUUCGACGGUCGGCGGAUCGCCACGGGGAGCUUGGAUACUAGCGUCCGGAUCUGGGACCCACAGUCUGGACAGUGCCAUGCCAUUCUCCAAGGACAUACAUCCUUGGUGGGUCAACUACAGAUGCGGGACGACACGCUUGUGACUGGUGGCUCAGAUGGUUCGGUCCGUGUCUGGUCGUUGACCAAGAUGGCGCCCAUUCACCGUCUUGCGGCCCACGAUAACAGUGUCACUAGUCUUCAAUUCGACAAAACUCGCAUUGUCAGUGGUGGUAGUGAUGGCCGCGUCAAGGUUUGGAACCUACAAACUGGACAGCUGCUCCGGGAGCUUUCUACGCCUGCCGAAGCGGUAUGGAGGGUUGCUUUCGAAGACGAAAAGGCAGUAAUCAUGGCGAGCCGGUCUGGCCGCACAGUUAUGGAGGUGUGGUCUUUUUCUCCGCCACCAGAAGACUACGAUGAUACUGCUAUCGAGAGUACCUCUAGCACGCCAGGUCUAAGAUCUGUUAAUGACAAUGAGCUGGCCCUUCCACCUCGCCGUCGGACCCUAUGCUCCGACCCGCCACCCUCGAUUCCACUAAGCACCGAUAGCGACUCACUCAUGCCAGAUGCACCUCAAUAA